UGCAUGGGUUUUACGCAUAUCAGUGAGGAUUCGUCCGAGAUUGCGUUUUUGCUAGUUGAAAACUAUAACCAUGACCACUCCAGGUUGGCUUCGGCUGGCCUGGGAAUCUUUGGAACCAAAACAUCUUCUCGUAAGAGAUUUUAUUUUAAUUGUUUUUCAUUGCGACCGGCUUCUUGUAGGCUGACGUGAAGAAGAAUUGGAGCGGGGGAGUAUUUAUGUACUUAGUGGUUGUGGGGAGAGAGGAGGAGAUGAUGGGAACCGGAUUAAAUGUUUGGCGAUGGAUUUUUGGAUUUUAUUGUAUGUAUGUGUGUAGAUGUCAAUAACACCGUUCUCUCUAUUUGAUGAUGGUUUUGCUCUGUGCUGAUGUUGAUUUUGUGAUUUAGUAGUAGGAUGCAUACUUGUCGCAAUUGUCAUUCUACCACCACAGUUUCGGACAGUCUCUGAUUGAAAGAACCCUAAUCACAUAUACUUCCAUACCUCCUAGUUGAUUCUAUAUCGUAGAAAUGCAUUUAAUAAAGCCAUGUCGAGAUUCCUCAUCAAUCAUGCAAAUGUGCUACCUUCAGCAAAUCUAACAAAUCAGGAAGGUCGAAAAACAAAAACAAGAACAAUACCUUUGUCCAUUCCAUCUGCCCCCCUAUCUCAACCCACCACAACCACAUCUGUUCAUUCAUCAUGACGAAGAAGGCACUCAUCACAGGUGCAACCGGUUUACUCGGCAGACAAGUUCUCAAAGUAUUUGACCGGGAGAAUUGGAAUGUAGUUGGCACUGGUUUCUCACGCGCAAAGCCUCCUACCAUUCUCAAGGCAGAUUUGGCUUCCGAAUCGGAAGUUUCAAAGGUGUUGGAUGAAUCCAAGUAACGUAACAUCUUCAUGAUCUUUUAUGCAAUACUGACAGUAGGAGUAUAUAAAGGCCCCAAGUCGUAAUUCAUUGUAAGUUUUAUCAACACUAUCUGCUGCUUCGUCAUCAUCAUCAAUGCUAAUAUCGCGAUCACAGGUGCAGCGAAUAGAUUUCCUGAUAAAUGCGACAACGACCCUGAAGGGACACGCGCUCUCAAUAUCGCCGCCUCUGCCUCGUUAGCAAAACUGUGUGCCGCACAAUCAAUCCUUCUUAUCUAUAUAUCCACCGAUUACGUUUUCCCUGGCACCGAAGGCGAUGCACCUUACGAGACAAGUCAUAGCCCAAACCCGCCAAAUCUAUAUGGAGAAACAAAAUAUGAGGGUGAGAAAGCUGUAUUGGCAGAAUAUGAGAAAGCAGACAAAUCUGGCUUGGGGGUAGUAUUGAGAGUCCCAGUUCUCUACGGGGAAGGCGAACCUGAAGAAAGUGCAAUCGGUGUACUGAUCAACUCAGUCUGGAAAGCCCAAGAAAAAGAUGCAAAUGUCAAGAUGGAUCACUGGGCCAUUCGCUAUCCUACCAAUACGGAAGAUAUAGGUCGGGUUCUGUCAGAUAUUGCCAUUAAAUAUCUCGAAAGUAAAGAGCCAUCAUCUUUACCACGAAUCUUGCAAUUUUCCUCCGAGGACAAAUACACAAAAUAUGAGAUCUGCCAACUCUUUGCGGAAAUUUUGGGCUUGCCAUUGGAUGGUAUGGUGGCGAAUACAGAAGGGAAUGAUCCAAAUGCUAGUGUCCAAAGACCUUACGAUUGUCAUUUGUCUACCAAGGCAUUGAAAGAUUUAGGUAUCAAUGUUGCUACAAUGGAUUUUACUGGAUUUUGGAGGAGGGAGAUGAGGGCAUUUAGGAAGUAAGGAAGCAUGGAGCUUGAGAGUCAAGCAUAGUCGUCUUCUACCCAUGUAUGAUCACUGUCGAUCGAUUAUACCUACUGAAUAGUUCAUCAAACCGCUCCCAGCUUAUUGUCAAAACU